AUGAACAAUAUGCAGAUGGAUAACAAUUAUGUCACUAAGAAAGGGAGAAAGGACCUGAUAGAGGAAUUUGUAGCCCUGAAACAUGUUGUUUCAUCCAUUAAUUAUGCAUAUGUUAAUUGUCUUGGUGCUUUAGAUGGAACCUAUGUUAAGGUUCUUGCCUCUGCAAUAGACAAACCAAGGUAUAGAACAAGAAAGGGAGAAAUUGCUACAAAUGUAUUGAGUGUGUGCUCCCAAGACAUGCAAUUCAUAUAUGUCUUGCCUGGAUGGAAAGGAUCUGCUUCUAACUCUAGGGUACUUAGAGAUGCUGUCAGUAGACCCAAUGGGUUGAAAGUCCUUACUGUGAAACCAUCUUACAUAAUUACAAGCCACUACUAUCUCGUAGAUGCGGCGGGUUACACAAAUGGGGAGGGUUUUCUCGCACCAUAUAGAGGACAUCGUUACCAUCUUUCCACAUGGAGAGAAAGGGGUGCCCCAACAACUCCACAAGAGUUUUUUAACAUGAGGCACUCUUCUGCUUGUAACGCCAUUGAGAGAUGUUUUGGACUACUUAAAAUGAUGUGGGCAAUAUUGAGGACUUAUUCUUACUUUCCAAUCAAGACUCAAUUUCGUAUUAUCAUUGCAUGUUGCCUUCUUCAUAAUCUCAUACAACAUGAAAUGCCUAUGGAUCUUGAUGAUGAUGAGAACGAGAAAAUGAAUCCUCCUUCUCCAGCUAUUGAAUUAGGAGAUGAAAUGAUUGAUGUUGUUGAAGCAUCAGAUCAGUGGACUGAAUAG